AUGGCAUCAAAAAGAUUCUCGAUUGCUUUUAUCGCUCCUAUUGCUUUUUUUGCUUUAUCAACAACUUAUGCAGCACCAUUGCUGAAUGAGCGACGCGACUGCAGAGCCGAGGUCGGAAACGUUGGAUGUGGCAACACUGGUAAAUGGAACGUCGGAGAUAACAACGGAGGAAGUAAUAAUAUCGGCUCCAACAAUGGUGUAGGAAAUUCGGGAACUGACAAUGGAAACAACAAUGUCGGAAGUAAUAAUGGUUCGUGGAAUGGUAUUGGCAGCACAGACUCUGCAAGUGGCUCUCACAAUGGUAAUGAUAAUAUCGGAUCCGAUAACGGUUCUUGGAAUGGAUCGUUCGAUUAUGGUAUUAAUAACGGAAGCGGGAAUGGAAAUAACAAUAUCGGAAGCAAUCUUGGGUCUGGAAACGGCAAUAAAGACAAUGGAGAUUUCAAUGGGAAUGCCAACGGAAACAACAAUGGCCCUAUUUAA